CCGAGCUGCACCUGAAGGCACCAGAGACUGGAGAGCGGGUUUCCACCACAGCACGAGCCGUGGCAUCAGCUGUCCCUCCGCCAGAGUCCACGAGCGACUUCCCAAACGUCGACUUUGCGGCUCAUUGCACUGAACUAGCCAGUAUGAGGAGUUUUGGUGGAUGCUAGCUGGGUUUGACAACUUUUAUCGACCUGGAGUUGAUGCCCGAGUACCUUCAAGAAUCUGCAUGUGGAUAACUGAACUACAAAUACCAGUCAGGACCAAUCAGGACUCAUGUACACAGGCUCACACAUGGCCCUGUAAGCUGUGACUGAACCGUACUAUCAAGGAAAUUCCUCAGUCCUCCAGGGUCACCUCGGUGGUUGUCUGUUUGGUGGUUUGUACAGCUGCACAAGCUUCUGUUUCUACAGUACACACACAGAGUACACUCUGUAUGGACGUCCUGUCUUCACUCACUCAAGAGGUAAUGAGUUAUUUACCCCAGGACAGGCCUAUGUCCAUUAUGGAACACUAACUUAAAGGAAAACCUCAGAAAAUUAAGUCACAAUGGCUUCAGAGAAAAGUCACACACAGGUCAAACCCAACAGAGAAACAAGACAUUUAAAUGACAUCCAGGAAUUACGGCAGUACUCUGAUCAGUUAUGGCACUCGAAGCAGCAGAGCAGUCCCUCCCUCCUCCUCUAUAGGAAGUUGUCAUCUGACAGUGGGAAAGGGAUCAUUUUGGAUGGUGAAUGUGUGUGCCUGGAGUACAGCUCCAAACUCCAGAGUACAAAGGAGACAUGUCAUCUAGAUCUGCCCACUGGCAAGAGAAAUGAAGGAAUUGCUAACACAGUUACUCUAGUACCUGGGAAAGGUUCAGAAGGCUCCCUAUGCCAGCUGGACACCCCAGGUGAGGGUGUGGAUUCAUGCAGAAGUAGAACUGGCAGAAUGAACUGCUCCUGCACCUCCUCUAGUCUCUACACAAGUCCAGAUCACAACUGUUGCCACAGUGCCAGGUCCAGUCCAGAUCGCAGCUCCAGCCCUGCUCUCUGUCCCAGCCCCUCUCGGCCCCGCCAGCGCCAUGUCCGUCGUGGAAGCCUGCCUGUGUCUAUGCUGGCUUUUCACAAGACAUCACUACUCCUCACAAAUUCGUCCAGUCCAUCCAGUGAACCGAGCUCUUCAGCAUCAUCUCCCUCUAAUUCCCCACUUACCAAACAUCGCCAUCGCACACAAAAUGGACAUGUUCACCACAACCAUCGCAAAGAUGUCUACUCAAGCUUAGAAAGGCUCAACAGAAGGCCCAGGGCCAACAGAUGCUCAUUGGAGAAACUCUUCCUCCAGCAGACACCUCUUGAAACUGUGAGCACCACCUUUGGGCCAAACGAAUCACACCUGCAGGUUCCUGGCUGCAGCAGUGACAGCAGCGGCGACGAGAUCGAUGAAGAGUGUUUGUUGGAUACUGCCGAAUUUGACAGGAAUCGUAAAGAGCGUUCCACUGUCCUGGUGAGGCGAUUCUUCAAGAAUAAUCAAAAGAUGACCAAAUCAGUGUGUACUGGAACCAGAGCUCUUGUCAAGACACUACCAUCAGGACACAUAUCAGAGGAGGCCUGGGAGAUGGUUAUACGUCACAGGACAUGGAGACCUACCAAGACUGAUGUGUGGCCAGCCCUAUCCUGUAGUGUAAGGGAGCACUUCAGAGUUUGCAGAGACAUGCUACGCUUUGUCAAAGUCAUAUUUCAGCAGGUUACCAACUAUGUGCAGGACACGGGGGAACAUAAUCUGACUCAUCCCACCAAAAAGCUUCUGCUGUGUUGCCCUGGAUCUGUGUGCCUCAGGGAGUCUUGCUGUUCCUUUCACAGUGCCGGUGCCUGCCCACCCAGACAGAACCUAAACUCCUGCCUUAAUCUUUCUUAUCCGCUGAGGUUUUAUCGUGCCUGUGGUCAGAGGACAUCCGUGUGUUCAUUGCUGACUGGAGCCCUUCUGGAGGCCACAGCUGCUCUCGGGGCCCGCACCACUCUACCCUACCCUUUUCCACAGGGCUCCAACUGUCACGCUGUGCUGAAAGAACGUCAGCUGGCUAACAGUAUGACCAGCAGCAGCUCUCUUCCACCCAGUGUGAGUGGGAUCAGUAAGGAACUGGCCGACCUGCGACACCUUGUUCAGUUCCCAGAGGAGAUCGCCUGUAUCCUCACUGAGCAAGAGCAGCAGCUCUACCAACGGGUCUUUCCGUUGGACUACCUCUGUUUCCUCACACGAGAUCUGGGCAGUCCAGAGUGUCAAACCAAACGCCACCCAAACCUCAAGGCCUCAUUGUCAGCACCCAUCAUGCCUACCCAGAAUGCUCAGCGAAGUAACGCUGUAGAGGACUUGGUGGCGCGGUUCAAUGAGGUGAGUUCAUGGGUGACGUGGCUCGUCCUGACAGCAAGUUCAAUGGAAGAGAAGAGAGAAGUUUUCUCCUACCUGGUUCAUGUUGCUAAAUCCUGCUGGAACAUGGGAAACUACAACGGCGUCAUGGAGUUUCUCGCUGGACUCAGGUCUCGCAAGGUCCUAAAGAUGUGGCAGUUUAUGGACCAGUCAGACAUUGAGACCAUGAGGAGCCUGAAGGAUGCCAUGGCUCAGCAUGAGUCUUCCUCUGAGUACAAGAAAGUUGUCACCAGAGCUGUCAAUAUCCCAGGAUGCAAGGUGGUGCCUUUCUGUGGGGUUUUUCUUAAGGAACUAAGUGAUGCAUUGGAUGGAACUGCAAGCAUCAUAAGCCUUAAACCACCUCUAGAUACUACAGAGGACUCAAUAGAGUUUGUGUCUGACUACAGCGGCCAGCACAACUUUAUGUCACGGUCUGGUCCAGAUGGACUACAUGUCCCAGAAAAAGAAGCAACUGUCAGCAACAUCCUUCAGAUAAUCAGAUCCUGUAAUCGUAGUUUGGAGGCAGAGGAUCCUGAUGAUGCAUCUACAAGUCCCUCUUCUACUGGCCCGUCCUCUGCGUCCAGGAACAACUCCUUCAGGGACCGCAGCCGCAAUCAGUUCAUGGUGGGAGAUUUGUCAGAUUCAGAAAGUGACUUGUCAUCCGAGCCAAUGGUUAAGGAGGUAGAGUUUCAGGGGACUGAGGAGACCCACAGAGCCUUCUGCCAUGGCACUGAGCUCAUUCCAUGGUACGUUUUGUCACUACAACCAGACAUUCAUCAAUUCCUGUUACAAGGAGCUACAGUCAUCCACUAUGACCAGGAUAGCCACGUCACUGCCCGCUGUCUGCUACGACUACAGCCCGACAACAUAACACUCACCUGGGGUAAGCCUCAGAGCGGAGGCGCCUCUCCUACUGAGCAGCCUCUGGGAUUAGGACAGCCGGUUGUGGCAGGACUAGCAGAAGGCUUGUUGGACUUGGGGGUGGUGAAGGCUGUGUUCCUGGGUCAUCAGGGAGUGGACGUCCACACUGUGUGUUUGCAGAACAAGCUGAGCCAGAUGACGGUGGAGGAGAAUGGUCUCAGCCUCCUCUAUGGUCUCAGUACCACUGAUAAUAGACUCCUGCACUUUGUAGCCCCAAACUACACCGCACAAACGCUCCAUAAAGGCCUGUCAGAGUUGGUGAAUGCCAUCAGAAAAAUGAAGAAGUUUCCUGAUCAAAGACUGCAGUGGCUAAGGAGGCAGUAUGUCAGUCUGUAUCAGGAGGAUGGCAGAUACGAAGGCCCCACACUAGCCCAGGCCAUUGAGCUGUUCGGUGGGCGGAGGUGGAAUAUGGGGACGGGGGGAGUCGAGAAAUCAGCCACACAGAAAAACAGUCCUCUGAGCAUGAAUGAUAAGGCCAAGAAGAAGAAGAAGGUGCUUGUGAGGGGAGACAGUGGGGAUGCAACAGAUGACGAAAUGGUUUCAAGAAAAACUCGGAGCUGUAAAGAAGGGCUAUAUCGAAACGGACCGGAAUCUGACAGUAUAGACCAAGAAGACCCAGAGGACAACUUCCCCGGACCAUUCUCCCUCUCAUCCAAUAAAAGUGCUGGAUUACUCGUCUCCUCUUCAUCCUCCUCCUCUUCCUCCAGCAUGGUGGGGUCCAGCCAGUCUCGUCCACAGUCGUCUCCGGUUCUUUCAGGAGUUUCUAAGUCCCAGCCAGGAGCCUGGAGCAGCAGGUCGUGGCAUGGUCGAGGUAAAGGAUGCUUCAAAGGCUUUCAGAAUCUGAUGAUUUCAGACAGCACCAUGAGCUUCAUUGAAUUUGUUGAGCUCUUCAAGUCAUUCAGCAUUCGAAGCAGGAAGGACCUAAAGGAGCUGUUUGACACCUUUGCCGUCCCCUGUAGUCGUUCAAGUCCAGAGUCAGCUCCUCUCUACACAAACCUCAGGAUAGAUGACAAAGACACUGGACUACAGCCAGACCUCGAUUUACUAACGCGAAACGGGUCUGAUUUGGGUCUCUUCAUCCGGACAAGGCAGCAGAUGUCCGACAACCAGAAGCAGAUCUCAGACGCCAUUGCAGCAGCCAGCAUCGUGACUAAUGGAACAGGAGUGGAGAACGCUUCGCUAGGGGUCUUGGGAUUAGCUAUCCCUCAACUCAAUGACUUUCUAGUUAACUGUCAGAGAGAACACUUAAGCUAUGAUGAGAUCCUCAGCAUUAUACAGAAAUUUGAGCCUUCGUCAAGCAUGAGACAAAUGGGCUGGAUGUCAUUUGAAGGCUUUGCAAGGUACCUCAUGGACAAAGACAACUUUGCUUCAAGUAACGAGGAGUCUCAAAUGAACCCAGAGGAGUUACAGUACCCACUGUCCUACUACUACAUUGAAUCUUCUCAUAACACUUAUCUGACUGGACACCAGCUCAAAGGAGAGUCCUCUGUAGAGCUUUACAGUCAGGUGCUACUGCAAGGCUGUAGGAGCGUUGAGUUGGACUGUUGGGAUGGAGAUGAUGGCAUGCCAGUUAUUUACCAUGGACACACACUAACGACCAAGAUACCUUUCAAGGAUGUGGUGGAAGCGGUCAACCGGUCUGCAUUUGUUAACUCCGACAUGCCCGUCAUCCUGUCCAUAGAGAACCACUGCUCCCUUCCACAGCAACGCAAGAUGGCUGAGAUCUUUAAGACGGUGUUUGGGGAGCGUCUUGUCACUCGCUUCCUGUUUGAAAGUGACUUCAGCGAUGACCCUCACCUGCCGUCGCCUCUGCAGCUCCGGGGGAGGAUACUCCUCAAGAACAAGAAGCUCAAAGCCCAUCAGGCACCGGUGGACAUACUCAAACAGAAGGCUCACCAGCUUGCCCACAUGCAGGCUCAGGCAAGCAACGGAUCACCAGGGGUUACCUCACCUGGCAACAACACCAAUGAGGAGGAGGAGGAGGAAGAAGACGAGUACGACUAUGACUACGAGUCUCUGUCAGAUGCUGAUGUCCUCACAGCCUCCACUGCCUCAUACGGUCUGGAAGAUAACAUUCUGGAUGACAAGCCGGAGGGGAAGAGCCCAGCAGACAAAGAGGAGCAACCUGCUGAUGAAAUACCCAAGAGGAUGAAGAAGGCUGACAGCACAACGCAGAGCAAAGGAAAGGUUUUUGACAUGGAGCUGGGUGAGGAGUUUUACCUUCCUCAGAACAAGAAGGAGAGUCGACAGAUCGCCCAGGAGCUGUCCGACCUUGUCAUCUACUGCCAGGCUGUGAAAUUCCCUGGCCUGUCCACGCUGUCUCCGGCAGGCUCCGGCAGAGGGAAGGACCGGGGCAAGAGCAGGAAGUCCAUAUUUGGUACAGCUCCCACUCGCUGCAGCACAACGGGGGAGGUCACGACCCAGAACCGCACCCCUGGGAAAGGAGGCAGUGAGCGACUAAGCUGGGAGGAACAGCAGACGUCUCCCGUCCUCAACGCCCCGACCUCGCUCAGCGCCAUCAUUCGCACACCCAAGUGCUACCACAUCUCGUCUGUAAACGAGAAUGCCGCCAAGCGCCUGUACCGGCGCUACUCUCAAAAGCUGAUCCAGCACACGGUGUGCCAGCUGCUGCGGACUUACCCAGCGGCCACCAGGAUAGACUCCACAAACCCAAACCCUCUGCUCUUCUGGCUGCAUGGGAUUCAGCUGGUGGCCCUUAACUAUCAGACAGAUGACCUGCCCAUGCAGUUGAACGCAGCAUUGUUUGAGGCCAACGGUGGCUGUGGUUACGUGCUGAAGCCAGCGGUGCUGUGGGACCGUAGUUGUCCACUCUACCGGCAGUUCUGUCCAAUGGACAGGGACGUGGAGAAAAUGAGCCCUGCCAUUUAUUCCCUCACUAUUGUAUCUGGUCAGAACAUUUGUCCCGGUAACAGCGCUGGCAGCCCCUGCAUUGAGGUGGACGUUCUGGGCAUGCCCAUUGACAGCUGCCACUUCCGAACCAAACCCAUCCACCGCAACACCUUAAACCCUAUGUGGAGUGAACACUUUCAGUUCAGCGUGCACUUCGAGGACAUGUGCUUUCUGCGAUUCGCUGUGGUAGAGAAUAACAGCUCCCAAACUACAGCUCAGAGGACCCUGUCUCUGAAGGCCCUGAAGCCAGGCUACAGACAUGUGCAGUUGAGGACACAACAUAACGAGUCUCUGGAAGUGUCCAGCUUGUUCAUCUUCAGCCGCAGAACUGAGGAAGGUCCAACAGGGGGUGCCACUCCCUCAUCACUGCUGUUCAUGUCAGAGGAGAAACAUGCGUCGCUACAGCACAGGGUGACGGUCCAUGGAGCUCCUGGUCCAGAGCCUUUCACAGUGUUCAGUGUUACAGAGCAGACCACCGCCAAACAGCUGCUGGACACGGUUGUAACAUCCACAGGAAACCCAUCAGAAUACUUCUUAUGUGAAGAGAAGGUUCCUCUGUCGAAGGAGCGCAGUGAAGUGAAGCGCUCUGCUCAGCUGCGCCCCCUAGCACCAGAGGAGGAAGUGGUCAGACUGGUGUACAGCUGGAGCACUGAGGAGGGAUAUGUGGGGAGGAUCUGCCUAAAAACCAGAGAGGAGAACUUAAAUGAGAAAAACACUGUGCUGGUAGGAGAAGAGGAAGUAACUGUAGGAGGCAGAGAAGGAGCAGGAGGAGGUGGAGGUGGAGGAGGAGGAGGAGGAGGAGGAGAGGACGAUAUGUUCUUCGUCCAGGUUCAUGAAGUUUCUCCAGAACAGCCUCAUACAGUGAUCAAGGUCCCACGGUACAGCACCGCCCAGGACAUCAUACAGCAGACUCUGUCUAAGGCCAAAUAUUCCUACAGCAUCCUCUCAAAUCCCAACCCAUGUGACUACGUCCUGAUGGAGGAAGUGACCAAGGAGGUGGGCUCUAAGAAGUCGUCCACCGCCAAGCCCCUUCAGCGGGUGCUGCUGGAUCACGAGUGCGUCUUCCAGGCUCAGAGCCGGUGGCGCGGCGCCGGAAAGUUCAUUCUGAAACUCAAAGAGCAGGUGGUGCGAGAGGACAAGAAGAAGGUCAUUUCAUUCGCCAGCGAGCUCAAGAAGCUGACGAGUCGCAGCCGCAGCAUGACGACCGGCGGCGGAGUGGACGGCCCCGGCCAGAGUAAGGAUGAAAGAGCUGCAUGCUGUGUGGCUCUGACAGAGCUCCAGGAGUGAGGCUCACACUCUGCCUGCUGUCUGUGCAUGGAAAGGCAACAGAGGGUAUCGGUCUGCAGCUGCAGGUCUGAAGGCAUGGGUGGUGGAGGGCAGGGUGGGGGCAGGAAGGUUCAUCCAGGCCUCGUCUUCAUCGUCAUCAUCCAGGGGGCAGCUCCAUCCCCCAGACCACAUCUCCACCUCCACUCUGACCCCAGCAGCCUGGAAGCUUCACCUCCUCAGGAACUGGAAGAUCCACAAAUAAAAUCCAGAGAGAGAGA